AUGCGUUAUAUUGCAGCAUUUGAUGGUGUGAGCAUCGACGUUACUACUGCCAAUGCCGAUGUAAUGAAGAAUUUGCUGGCUGAAAGCACGACGAUGGGCACAAAAGCAAUCUUCAAUAUUGAACAAGAGAAAGCGCUGAUAAGCUACAUUCUCCAGGCCAGCGACAUCAACUAUGGAAUUAGUUUGAUGGAGCUUCGUAAGCUCGCGUAUGAAUUUGCUCGGAAAGUUGGCGCGUCVUAUCCGGAUCCAUGGAACGACAAUCAACAGGCGAAGCAAGUAAGCCAAAGCCGUGCGAAGCGAUUCAACAAAGAGAAUGUCGAUGCAUUCUUUGACAACCUUUCAUCCGUUCUCGGUAAGAUGCCGUUUGAACCUCACCGAAUAUGGAACAUGGAUGAAACCGGGUACCCGACCGUGCCAACCAGACCUGUCAAAACCAUCGCGCGCAAAGGACACAAGCAGGUCGGCUCAUUAACAUCUGCCGAAAAGGCACCAAUGUGUCUUUGGCUUUUUCCGUCAGCGCUAGUGGCCAGUCUAUACCGCCAUUCUUCCUCUUUCCCCGAGUCAACAUGA